CCCCAAGACGCUGCGAUGAAGACGCUGCUGCUGCUGCUGGCUGCCCUGGUUGCGGCCGCCGGGCCAGCCCAGGCUCUCCACUGCCAUGUCUGCUCCAGUACCACCAACUGUAAGAAGCCACAGAGCUGCCCAGCCAACUGGCGCUACUGCAGGACCACGAGCACGGUGGAACCCCUGUCAGGGAACCUGGUGGAGAAGGACUGCGCGGAGUCAUGUGUGCCCUCCUACAACCUGCCUGGCCAGAUCAGCAGAGGCAUAACCACCCUGUGCUGCCAGAGCGACCUGUGCAACGAGAAGCUGCACAGUGGCGCCCCCGCCCGCGCCCUGCUCUCCGGCACUGCCGCGGGCCUGGCGCUGGCCCUGAGCCUCCUCACCCUCGGCCUGGCCCCCCGCCUGUGACCGGCAGGGCGAGGCCUUCUCUCCUUUCCCCUGGGUGUCCGUGGCCCUCCUCAGCCACGACGGGCUCAGAGGCCCGGGCUGGCAGCUUCCUGGGAAGGUCUGGGGCCAAGACGAGAGGACACAGCUCCUGAGCCGAGGGAGAGCAGAGGACAGAGGCAUUCUGACCCCUUCUGAUUCCAUAUCCAUUCUGCUUGGCUUCCGUUUAUUUUUCUACUCGAAACUCCAGAGAAAUAAAUGAUUGAAAACCAGUGUGUCAUUUUUUGUGCUAUUCCAGACGUGGGGGGAGGCA